CUGUAAUUGUCAUAGAUCACAGACUUCCAGAACUAUUUUAAUUCUUGGAUUAGGGUAAAUUCCACACAGCAACGAGAGAGUGGGGAUGAGGGAAAGCUUGGAGGGAGAUGCUAUGUGGAGAUUAUUCUAUGACAACUAGAAAAGAGAUCUGGAGUAUUAGCAUUUUCUGAAGGAAAGAGCAUUUCGACAUGGUUUGGCACAACUGAAGGUGGAAAAGGAGCUAUGUAUGAGGGUUUUUCAUGCAAACUUUCCCUGCGAUUCCCAUUGGACUACCCUUUCAAGCCACCUCAAGUCAGGUUUGAAACCAUGUGCUUCCAUCCAAAUGUUGAUCAGUUUGGGAACAUUUGCCCUGAUAUUCUUCAGGAUAAAUGCUCUUCUGCUUAUGACCGCAAAACCAUUCUAUUGUCCAUUCAAAAUCUAUAAGAUCUGGUUUCCCUUCCUUUCAUCUUUAAUUCAUUACACUGGUAAAAUAUCCCUCUAAAUUGACCAAGAACUCUCCUUGCAUGCAAAGCUAAUCCCAAGAGUACCCUCAACAGCCAUGCUGCAAAACAAUGGAGCAAUAAAGAAGGUUGAAGAUUUAAUCCUGUCAUUUCUUAUAUCAUAUUUAAUCCUCAUUGCUGUUGUUUAUUGCGUUUGAAGAUUAAGUUUCAGAGUUUAAUGUUCCUAGGUUGAUAAUUGUUUAUUGACCUAAACGAGGUAUUAUGUACUAUGUAUAUGCAUUAAACUUUUAGGAAUUUG